AUGGACAAGAAAUGGAAGCUAUCGAAAGAAGAUCCAUGCAACCAUUCAUCAAAAUCAUCAUCACUUUUAAGAAGCAUAUCACAAAAAAACUCAACAAAAUCACCUCUUUUGAGGUCAUUUUCACAAAAGAGUAGCUCCACGAAUUCUAAAUCUUCUUUCUUUUCAAGAAGCUCAUCACAGAAGAACAAGUGUGCUCCAUCGGAUCUAUCAAGAAGUUCUUCACAAAAAUGUGCAAACUUCACACGCAAAUGUGGUAGCUUGGCGAAGGAACAGAAGGCGAGAUUUUAUAUUGUGAAGAGAUGUGUCACAAUGCUGAUUUGA